AUGAUAUACCAGGACGCUCUGGAAGACUCAGGAACAGGACCGGGAGAAGACCAAGAACCGAGCCAAGGAGAGUCAACGCUAAACGAAAUGCAGGGUGAUCAACCGCCGGCCCUGACGCCGAACCCCGCAAGGCUCAGGGUGCCGCCAUUUUGCCCCGAACGACCAGCGCUCUGGUUCGCGCAACAGGAAGCGCAAUUUCGAACGCAGGGUAUUGUAACGGAAAUCGGCCGAUACUACCACACGAUAUCGAACAUACCAACGCGUUACGCCGCGGAGGUAGAAAAUCUUAUCGUCACGCCCCCGGUAACCCUUCCGUACCAAGCGCUAAAAAUAGCAUUGAUCGCGCGUUUUUCUCAAUCGAGAGAAGCAAAAAUUUUACAGCUCCUCGACCGCGAAAGCCUUGGUGACCGCACACCAUCAGCGCAUUUACGCCAUCUGCGUAGCCUCGUCCCUGACAUAGACGAGGAAAUUCUUAAAGCGCGCUGGCUAUCACAUCUCCCCAAAAAUAUUAGAAUUUGCCUCGUGGCACGAAACAAAUUAACGCUCACCGAGCUAAGCGAGACAGCCGAUCGCGUACACGAGCAAGUAAACAAAGGCAAUAAUGUUUCGGCGGUAUCAAGCCUCGAAGCUCAAAUAGCCGCACUCACACGUCAAGUCGAAUAG